UUAGCUUAAAACAUCAUUUGUAUUAAAGUAGGCCUACAACUUCCUGUGUGUUUAUAGUUGUGGAUAAAAAAACUAGCAAAAUGAGACGAACACGAUACACUAAAGAGAAAAAGUUAAUUAUAUAUAUAUAUAUAUAUAAAUAAAACAUUAAAAUAUAAAACUUGCAGCUGAAAACAAAUCAGUAUUGUUGUAGUUCCCCUCCGGGCCGCCGUCGGCAGCACUGAGCUCAAAGUUCAAAUCGGCGCCAUCUUGGAUUCUACGCGGCGGGCUCUCAUAAGAACAAACUUAACGCGCACUCCACCUUUAUACGUUUUUUUGACUUUACAAUGAGUUCACCUCCACCUAAACGCGCCUGAACGGUCGCUGAGGAGAUUAACUUUUAUUUUAGCCGGUUUGUUUCGUCUCUUUUCGCGCACAGAGGAAGAUUUUGACCGUUAAACGUUAAAGUAACGGGUGCCGUAAGGUUAGCUAACAUGGAGCACCGCUGCAGUCACUGUGACAGUCCCAUACAGAGACAAGCUAAGGGGUACAAGAGAAAAUCUUUAUUAACACUUAUCGACCUGAAGAGCGCGCACAAACUUUUCCCGGGCCUAAACCCUCGCGAGGCGUUUUUAUGUUUCACCUGUGUUCGUCACGUUUAUCAGAAAACCAAGAAAAACGGUAAAAGGCGGGUUUAUGUGGACCCCCAGCCCCCGACCCGUCCGGCUCCCUCUGCCCGCCCUGCUCCGUCUCUCCCGGAGGAGCCUCCGCCUCUGAAGAAGCUCAAGAAGAGACUCAAAACUCCGCUGAACGAACACGAUUACGCGUCCCGGGACCCGGAGCCCUCCACACCCAGGAGCGACCCUCCGCCCGCCCGGCGCGUCCGCCGCGGGCCGAUCUCUCUGGUGUGCGGGUACCUGCGGAAUAAGAACUUCACCUCUGCUCUGAACAGACUGCUGCAGGUGUCCGGCUUCAAGGAGGCUCUGAUCAGGGUGUGUAAGAAGAUCAUUGCAAAAGAGCGUAAAGAGAUGGUGAACGACCUGGACGGGCCGUACAGGAAGACGUUCACCCCUGAGAACCUGUCUGCAUUCAGCUGGGAUAAGUCUACUUCCUGGGCUGAGGAGAAGGCUCCUCUAACUGUGGCCUGUCUCAGGUCCAUGUUCCCCCCCGCCAAAAAGACCCAGAAACAGAUCGUAAACUACAGCCCAGGGAAUAAACCACGGCGGAUGACUGAGGAGGAGGUGAAGCAGAUGUUGGACCGAAGGAUCAGCCUCCUCCUCUCCGUGCCUCUGUACACCAGCACACUCAGAACCUGUUUCCUUCAGACAGCGUUCAGCGUGGAGAUGCUCCGACACCGCUGUCCCAUCAAACUCUUCACCAUCACCAACAGCCUCGGCAUCUCGCAGUGCAAAACCUCCGCCAGGAUCCACGCCAAGAAACUUGCCGAGGAGCACGACCGACAGGUGAAGCAGUGGAGAGACGAGAUCCAGACGACCAAAAAGACGCAGUACCGCAGUGAAGACUCCAAAAAGGCAACAGCUUACACUUUCAGCUGGGGGAAAGUUCGGGUACCGUCUGUGUCCAGGUCCGACUCCACAGAUCGAGGAUACACCUUUGUGACGUGGGCAUUUCGCUUCGCUCAUCAAGUUCGGGUUAAUUUUCGUUACCUGCACGGACUUCCAGUAAAAGCAGUGGAAGUGUCUCCUUACAGAAUCCUACCGUCCAAACAGGUACUAAGUCUUGACAGGAACAAAUCAGUGUGUCUGCAGCAUUUUUCAAAUUCAGUUUCCCACAGAAUUACAGUGUAUGUGUGGUGGUAGCUGACUAUGGUGGGGUCGGGGAGGUGGGGGUAGGCAACAACAGCAAACUUCCAUGUUUUGUUUUGUUGUUUUAAAUUCCUGUGUGUCCCUUUGUAUCAUUCUGUGAGCUGUCUCUAACUUCAGAGAUUUUUGUGGGUCCAUGAACGCAGCACAGGCAGAGCUCUCCAUGAGUUCUUCACUUCCUCAGCAGCAGUUUGUGACUUGUGGGGUGGGUAAUCAGAUUGAUGGAUGAGAGGAGCAGCUGCUGCGAGUGACUGCAAACUUCAAAGCCCAGUUCAGACCAAAGAUUCACAAUGAGACAAAAUGGUUUUGGAACG